GAAGUUUUCAUUAAGUUCGGAGUUAAGAUCCAUUACAUCCCAUCGACCGCAUGAAUCCGAUGCUGAGCUUUCCUUGUAGUCGUCUCACAGCUACGUCUUCACAUUUGUUCGUGCACGUGCUAGCUAGCUGAUUCGAUUCGUCCUGUAAACUUCUACAAGUUGACUUUUUACUGGGGUUUGACUGUUUUCCAGAAUGGCUGGACUGUCUCCUGCGUCUGGCGCAUGACAGCUAUAGCUCUAGGAAGAGGCUUUCUUUCUUCUGCAUCACAUGCCUUAAGGGAGUUCACCAGGAAAACCUGUGGCAACAUGGAGCAGAGAGUGAGCUCGACCAUGUGCAAAAUCAGCACACAUAUCUGCAGGUGUACCACUUUCAGCAAUCAGCAAUCGUCAAGUUAGGGGACUUGGUGAGACUCGGAGUACAUUUUUCGAACAUACAGACCUUUGAAAAACCAAACGAUCUUUCCUCGUUCAUCUUCUUACUCGAUACGAGUUGCUACGUGUACAUCCCACCUUCAGAUUCCUCGUCUCCAAAAUGUGCUCAGUGCCGCUCUCUACUCCAUCAAGCCUCAGCUUUAUUUUGCUGUUUGGAUUGUAAGUUUAGGGUCCUCAAGGAUGCAUAUGUGCCACCAUGGCCAGCUUAUGAGGAAAACGGCCGCUUCAGUCUUCCCUGCGACUCCACGAAUCAGGUCAAAAAUUCCAUAUCCGAAUUUCUCAGCAAGAACGAUCCCGCGACCAGCUUUGCUAAGGACGGAAAUCUGGUCCAUCAAAAUACUCAGGGUGUUGAAAGCAACUCAAAAUUUUGUUCUACAGAUGAAGAUCCCACCGUCAAUGGAACAGAUUCGAAAGACAAAACGAGUUCAGGAAAGUCGACAUGCAAGCCAUUGGGGGAAUCUGGAAUACAUGUUCCCAAGGCCAAGUUUGUGGGCUGGUGGAAAGAUAGAAAAGUAUUCAGUGAAAGUUGGAUCGGAAAGGUGCUGCCUCUCAAAAAUUCUAAAGCUACUCUUCUACCAAAUUACCAACCGAUGGUGCAGGAAGAGCCUUGCUGUCUUACAGCCUGUGGUAUAUGUUUGCCUUCUGAAGAGACACGAAAAGAUCAUGAAUCUGAUUUAGAAGAUCAUAUAUAUUGUCUACUGGAAGAAGGUUGUGCAGGCUUGGGAAAGUUUGAACUUGGAAAGCCUUCUCUCCCAGUUCGGCCUAAGUCCGACUUACUCGUUGCAGCAACUCUGAACCCAAGGCUCUGGUGGCCAACCUGAUGGCAAUCAGAGAGGCUGCCUGGUUUUUUGCGAUGAAUUUGAUUUCUUCGAGGCUUGACAAAAUAGUGGUCGAAAUAAACCUGGUUGGGCUUUCUCUUGACAGUCCACUCCGGCCGGCACUUGACUCGAAUAGUCUGCCCAUGUACUAGCCGAGUCGAGUAUUGGACAUAGAAUCAUUAGUCUCUUGUCAUCAGCUGCAGUGAGGAUCACAGGUAGAAACGCACAAACUAUGCAAUGAUAACAAUAAUUAAAAUGAAGAAAUAUAUUUCAGUUGU